AUGGAUGGCUUGCGGAUCAUCGCGUUCACGGAGAAGGACCUGCAGGAGAAGUUGGCCAAGCACUUUGCCGAGCAGAUUGUCAGGUAUCAGAAAAACAACUCCUCCAACUGCAUCAUUGGCAUCUCCGGCUCGAACGGGCAUUCCCGAAGAAGCCGUGCCAGGGAGGUCUUCUCGGCCCUCGCGCUGUGGACCGAGCCAGUCAUAGACUGGAAGCGUGUGCGCAUCUUCCUGCUGGACGAGUCGGGCCCUCAAAUGGUGUGCGAACCCAACAAAUGCAGGCACCCUGUGAUGUUCGACGUGUUUUCUGCGUUUGGCUUGGUUCAGGCACACAGCUGGUUCUUGCCGUCGGCACUCCGGCGGUUCUAG